AUGGAAGUGUUUGGGAACAUUGCGCUGUUAUUGGGCCUGUGUCUCCGUGUUACUGAAGGCGCUGAUAUUUACUUCGGUAUGCUCACUCCGAUUGGCACGCCCAACGAGCAAAUGUAUGGCCCUGUUCAGCUGGCCCUCAACGACAUCAACAACCAUCCCGAAGUGCUGUCAGGGCACACGCUGCGUCUCGUCAUCAAAAACACUUCGGUGCCUGCAAAGGAAUCUGUAUAUCAUGUUGGAAACGCCGUGGCCAAGCUCCAAGAUCUGAUGACGUCAAAAACAGACCCUCCUGUCAUGGCACUGCUCCAUUACGGCAGCAUCACUGAGACGGAUGUGAUAGGAGAGAUCACGGGGAAACUGAAAAUGACACAGAUUUCGACCGGAAGCUCGUCUACCAUACUAUCCCAAAGACUCGUCUUCCCAUACUUGUACCGGACAAUCGGCGCAUUGCUAGACGUUAUAAACAUAGAAGUGGAUUUUGUCGAGCGCUUCGGUUGGACCCGCGUGGCAUUGCUUGCGGAGGACAAGAGGUCGUUUACAGAGAUGUCGAAAGAAGUGGAAAUUCUCCUAAGACAGUCGGGUAUAGAAAUUGUCACUUCUGUAUUCUAUAGAGUAGAGCAGCUGGGCCAAGUGAUGGAAAAACUGAAGGAACUGGACGCAAGGGUAAUUAUGCAUCAUAGUAACAAACAGGGCUCAUCGCUUUGCCAUGUGUUUUGUCAGGCAUACAAAUAUGGUUUGAUUGGAAAGAAAUAUGUGUGGCUGACUUUGGUGCAACACGUCAAAGAUUACCGCAACUUAGCAUCCAACAUGCAUCAAAAAGGGCAACUCUCUUGCAACGCAGAGCAGGUGGUCCAAGCGGCAGAAGGGCAGUUCAUUAUAUUCCGUGCUGAAGCUAAACAUGCUAGCGAAGUUGGAUAUGAACCAAUACGGCCAUUUACAGUAAAGGAUCAUGCAGAAAUUUUGAGGGAAAUGAAAGAACAGGCUUGGUUCAAUGACGACACCAGAAGAAUACUAUAUCAAGUGAAUUAUGAUGCCAUAUGGGCGGCUGCAUUGGCCUUAAACAAGAGUCUUCCUCAUAUUCCGCCAAGAGUAAUCACCAACUUCAAGUACACCGAUCUGGGCACGGUGACGGAUGCUCUGGUGCCAGAAAUGAAUCGCACCAACUUCUUCGGUGCGUCGGGUCCUGUGUCUUUCUCACCACAUGGAAGUCGAAUGAGCUGGCUGUCUAUGGAGCAAAUAAGAAACGGUACAGCUAUAUUGUUUGGUAUUUAUGACCAGAAAUCCCGGAACAUCACGUUGUCGGGGAAGAUUAGUGACCUGUGGUAUUCUCAUGGUGGCUCCAUACCUCAAUCUGGGUACAGGACGGUCCGAAAAGUACUGGUUGUCACAGAUGAACUAAAAAUAACCUUUACUGUGAUCGCUGUGAUAUCCAUUGUUAUCACUGUUGUGUUCCUUUUAGUAACGAUCGUCAAAUGGAAGACGCAGUACGUAUUGGAACCAGUGUUGGCAGAAAUGCGUACACCUAACUGUCAUUAA